AUGCCUCCAAGGAAGCGCAAAAUCGAAGAGGAAGCUCCUACCUCUGUAUCUACCACACCAACAGCAGCAUCGUCAACAUCGCCAACCAAAAGCUAUAAAAAAAAGAAGGCAGUUCCGCCAGUUCCAGCUCAAGCUCCACUGCCGAUCGCUCAAUCUGUCGUCGAGGACUUUCCACGAGGUGGCGCAUUGCCUUUAUCUGCUCUGGAAUUCCGUGAAGUUGCUGAUAGAGCAUCAAAAGAUGUUUUGUUUGAUCAAUCUGCUUCUGCAAACUCGGCCAACACAAAUUCUAAAAAACGCAGUAAACAGCAACUGGUCGAUGAUGCUCGAGCUGCAAAAAAGGCUAAAUCCGCCGUCCCUUCCGAAGACAAGCCUAAAUCCACAGAUGUCUUGACAUUCAAACGAUUGAAUGUCAACAUGUGCUUGUUAGGUGUCAUAAGAGAAAUCAAUGAUUUGGAUCUUGUGUUGUCAUUGCCUGACCAACUGACUGGCUUUGUCUCUAUUACCGAGAUAUCCAAAGUCGUCACUGCUGCUGUAGAGAGUGCGGCUGCCGUUGGAGAUGAUGAAGAGAAUGACGCUGAUUUGAUACCCAAACUCAGCACCAUGUUUGUGGUCGGCCAGCUCAUGCCAUGCUGUAUUGUAGCAUUAGAAACUACAGAACCAAGUAAAGAGCAUCCUAAAGGAAGAAGAAGGAUUGAAUUGUCAUUGAUGCCUGAACGUGUCAAUGCCAGAGUAUCUCCUUCGGAUAUUCGUGAAGGAAUGACCUUGAGUGCUACCGUCACAUCGCAAGAAGACCAUGGAUACGCACUGUCUUUUGGAAUUGAAGGAGUAACUGGAUUCCUGAAUAACAAGCAUCUAGGAGGACACGACGCUCUGAAGGCAGGGGAUCUGGUAUACAGCAGCGUCCUCACUACAAAUGAAGCACGGCGUGUGGCUUCAGUCACCCUCGAAGCAUCAAUCGUACCAUCAUCGCAAAUCAAGAUGGCAGAGACAAUGCUGCUGGAAUCUCUGGUACCUGGAUUACUCGUAUCAGCGAAAGUCAGAAAUGUUACCAUGAAUGGGCUUGUACUCUCAUUCUUUGGAAUAUUUGAGGGUACAGUAGAUAUGUUCCAUACAGGCAAACGUUUGGUAUCUUUGGAAGACGAUUUGCACAAGUUUUUCAAGGUUGAUCAAAAGGUUCGAGCACGUAUCUUGUUCGUCGACUAUGAACGUAAACGAGUAGGCUUGACGUUACGACCUACCUUGGUAUCAUGGACAAGACCUGAAUCUCCCGCUAGCCUCGAUAUUGGAACCAUCGUUGAAGAAAUGACUGUCACUCGAGUUGACCAAGACGUCGGAAUCUUGCUCGAUUGUCCUGGUGUUGAAGGAGCUUAUUGUCAUUUAUCACGAUUAUCCGACACAUUCGUCGAAAAGAUUGAUAAGAAAUUCCGUGCAAAGACUCAACAUCGUGCAAGAGUUAUUGGAAUGGAUUUCUGUGAUGGGUUGAUUCAAGUGUCUCUGCAACCAACUGUUUUAGCACAGACCUUUUAUCGACAUGAAGAUUUGAAGCCUGGUAUGAUUGUCAAGGGACGAGUAUUGAAACUCGAGUCAUAUGGAAUGAUUGUUGGUCUUACAGACACGAUUCGAGGACUCUGUCCAAGGAGUCACUUAUCGGAUGUAGCAUUGAGUCAUCCUGAACUCAAGUUCAAGAUUGAUGGUGCUGUGAAGUGCAGGGUCUUAACAGUCAACCCCAAGGCCAAAAAGUUGACCCUGACACAUAAAAAGUCUCUACUCAAUUCAACCCUCCCGAUCAUCGAAUCGUAUAAUGUAUUGCCCGGAACAUUGGCUGAUGGUGUUAUUACUGCCGUCAAGGAUUUUGGUUGUAUUGUAUCUUUUUAUAAUGAUGUCAAGGCUUUGGCUCCCAUCUCAGAAUUGAGUGAUGCCUUCUCGAAUCGUGCUGCAGACCAUUUCACUAUGGGACAAGUGGUAAGAUGUCGUGUGUUGACUGUUAAUCAGCAGGAAGAAAAGAUGAGGGUUACCCUCAAGCCAUCAGCUAUCUUACGACCAGACAGACCUAUGGAUGUGAAUUUGGUAUCGAUCGUCUCUGGAACCGUAUUAAGCGUCGAAUCAUCAGAAGCCAUCAUCGAACUGUCUCCAUCAUCCCUUCACGGCAUCCUGACUAAGUCUCACAUCACCGACUUCGAAUCAAACGAAACUCCAUUAUUCGCCAUUCUCAAAUCUGGAAUGCAAAUGCCUGAAUUGGUAGUCCUGUCUGUUGAUGCAUCUCGAGGACGUGUUUACGUGACCCGUAAGCCGUUACUGAUUCAUGCUGCCAGACAAGCUGCUUCAGCUGGCAGUUUAUCGAGUGUGGAGAAUGUUAAUUCUGGAAAUCUUUUACCUGGAUUUGUCAAGAGUUUGCAAUCCAAUGCUUGCUAUAUUCAUUUCUUGGGUGGAUUGUAUGGUGUUGCUCGUAUUCAUAAUCUCUCCGAUCAAUACGUAUCAGACAUAUCUCAACACGUGAGGGUAGGCAAAUCACUCCUCACACUCGUCACGGACGUUGAUACAGCCAACAAUAGAUUAACUGUCAGUACCAAAUCAUCACAAAUCCAAUCCCAUGCUCAAAUCAAAGAAUACGAGCUCGUCUACCUCCGAUCCCUCUUCGAAGAAAUGGAUGUUUUAGCCAUGAGGAGCUUUGAAGCUUGUGAUAAUCUACCGUCAAUCCGUAUUGGUGGUCUCGUAAAAGGCUACAUAAAGCAAAAAUUGCCGUUUGGAUAUACUGUAGAUUUAGCUGAUGGAGUAUCUGGAGUAUUGACGUUUGAGAAUGCUGAUAAACGAGUCUUGAAGGUUGGUGAAGAGGUCACUGGAACUGUGUUGGAUUUCGAUCCUGCUAAGAAUAUUGCGGAUAUGACGUUGACUGGUUUGGCUGAAGAGGAUGAGUCUGAUAUGUUGAUCCAAGCAUUUGAGAAGCAACGACUAUUAGAGGCAAAAAUAGAGAUGGUCAAAGAAAACUAUCUAAUAGUUACAGUCAUGAAGCAUGUGAUUGGAUUUGUGGCAACAAAGACCCACAGUGCAACAAUGACCUCCAUAUUUGAUAAGCAUAGAGUGGGUCAAACACUCAAAGUAUCCAUAGGACAAGUUGGAAACCUCGAAUCAACUCAAUUCGCAUCACGUCGUCUAUUACUAGUCGCACCUCCUCAAAAGCAACAAGAGAACCCAACCACUACAAAAUCAUCUAAAGGCCAGCUAGGAGAUCGUAUUUUAAAAGAACCCAUAGAUGCAACCAAAACCUCGCUGGAUGAUUUCAGUGUAGGAGUUAGGGUAGCCGGCAAAAUCAAAGCUAUAAAGGACGCUCAAAUGAAUGUGACGCUUGGAGCUAACCUAUUUGGUCGGAUUCAUAUAACUGAAUUGGCAGAUGAGAUUGCCCAACUUGAUGAUCCCAAAAGACCAUUCAAGAAGUACCACCUUGGCCAAAUAGUGCAGACUCGUGUUGUUGGAUAUCAUGAUGCCAAAACACAUCGAUUCUUGCCAGUUACGCAUAGAGUCAAUGGUAUCAAGACCGUCAUUGAAUUAUCGCUCAGACCCUCUCUGGUAGAUAAUGUCAGUGAGAAGGUUGAUGUUGAUGUGAUGCCUACAUCAGAUUCUAUUCCGGUAGGAUCCGUCGUGACUGGAUUUGUCAAAACUGUAAGCGACGGUGGUGUUUACGUACUUAUAAGUCCAAGCAUCAUGGGUCGCAUAGCACCUCUAGAAUUAUCCGAUAAUGUAUCCGUGAUCGAGAAACCAGCAUUGCACUUCUCAGUCGGAAUGGCAGUGAAAUGCCGUGUAUUACGUAAAGACAUUGGCAAGAAUUCUCUCGACCUGUCUAUUCGUGCUGUAGAAUCUCCUCUAGACGUUGCCACUAUGAAACCAGGUCAAGUAGUUACUGGUCGUAUCGGACAAAUCUCGCCUGCUACAGGAUAUCAAAUCCAACUGGGCCAAAAUAUAGUGGGACGAGUGUAUCUGACUGAUAUAGCUGAUACAUAUUCUCGCAAGACUUUGAAAGCAUACAAGGUUGGACAGAUUGUGAGAUGCUGUGUUAUUGAUAUCGAUGCUGCUCAACGUCGAUUGGAUUUGUCGUUGCGUCCUUCUCGACUUGCGGUGGUACCUGAACAGGAUGAAGACUAUAAUGUCGAAGUCCAAUCCAUUGACGAUAUAAAACAAGAUACUGUCGUUUCAGGAUUUAUAAAGAACAUCAGUGAAAAUGGAUGCUUUGUUGCCAUCAGUCAUAAGUUGGUGGCAAGAGUCAAGAUUAGUGGCUUGUCUGAUGCCUUUGUUAAAGAUUGGAAGGCAUUGUAUAGUAUUGGUCAGUUAGUCAAAGGUCGCAUCCUCAGUGUCAACAGUGCUACUGGUCAAAUUGAAAUGACAUUGAAAGCAAGUAUUGUAGAUGGCACUGCUCCUGCUAAAGCUUUGUCAUUGUCUGAUCUUGUUAAAGGUCAAAAACUACGUGGCACAGUCAAGGCUAUUAAGCCAUAUGGUAUUUUUGUGUCGCUUGGAGAUGGACGAUUGAGUGGUCUUUGCCAUAUUUCUCAGGUCUCUGACACACCCAUAAAAGAAGUCGGAACCUUAUAUAGUGUAGGAGACGCAGUCAAGGUCAUCGUAUUAGAAGUAGACGAGCCCAAGAAACGAUUAUCUCUUGGUCUGAAACCCUCCUACUUUGACGCUGACGAUAUGAGUGAAGUCGACGAUGACGACGAAACUCUUGUCGAACAAGUGUAUGAAUCGGACGAUGAAGAGGAGCAGCCAGCCAUUGAUGAUGACGAAGAGGUUGAUGAAGCUCAAGAGGAUGGAGAUAGUGAUGCUGAAAUGGACGAUGGUGAAGAGGACUCGGAAGUCGACGAUGAUGCGAAAGAGGAAGAGGAGGAUUCUGCUCCAUCCAAUAAAUCCAAUCCUCUCGCCGCUCAGCUUUCCAAUAUUGGCGAGUUGGAAAUAGAUACCUCAUUUAGUUGGCUGAUGCCUACAAAUGAAUAUGGUCGUCAGGGAGCAAAUCAGAGUAAACCAAUAGUGUCAGCUGAUGCCAACAGUGACGACGAGGACGAGGAUAUAUUAUCGUCAUCCAGUAAAAAGGCAUCUAAAAAGAAAACCCGAGAUCUAAAAGAACGAGAAGAAGCCAUCUCGAAACAAGAAAAGCUCUUAAUGGAUGUCGAUCGACAACCUGAAUCCGUCGAUGACUAUGAAAGACUCCUACUCGGCACACCAAACGCAUCCGUAUUAUGGAUCCAGUACAUGGCCUUUGUCUUGCAACUAGCCGAGAUUGAGAAGGCUAGACAGAUUGCUGAACGGGCUCUCAAAGUGAUUAAUUUCAGAGAAGAGCAAGAAAAGAUGAAUGUUUGGGUUGCAUAUCUUAAUCUAGAAAACAAGUUUGGUAGUCAGGAGAGUUUGGUCAGGGUCUUUGACAGGGCUGCCACUGUAAAUGAUCCAAAGACCAUGUAUUUGCAGAUGGUUAGGAUUUAUGAGAGGAGUGAUAAGAAUGAUCUUACCGAAGAACUAUAUACCACCAUCUUGAAAAGGUUCAAGGAGAGCUCCAAGUGCUGGACAUCCGCUGGAUUAUUCUAUUUAAAGAAUGGACGUGCUGAAGAUGCCAGACGAUUGCUGCAACGUAGUCUGUUGAGUCUUCCCAAACAUAAACACAUCAAAACCAUAUCCAAGUUUGCUCAAAUGGAAUUCAAACACGGAGAACCCGAACGCGGUCGCACUAUAUUCGAAGGAAUUGUUACCAACUAUCCUAAACGUGUUGAUUUAUGGUCUGUGUUUUUGGAUAUGGAGAUACGUGUUGGAGAUGUUGCUAUUAUACGGCGAUUAUUCGAACGAGUGAUUCAACUCAAGGUGUCAUCAAAGAAGAUCAAAUACUUUUAUAAACGAUACCUUCAGUUUGAAAAGACUCAUGGAACUGCCUCCGAUGUCGAGCAUGUCAAGGCUUCUGCAAAGGCUUAUGUUGACCGCAUUAGUGAGAAAUAG